AAUGACGCUUUGACGCUAUUAAAAUUGAUGGAAACAUUGGUGUUAUGUGAUUGGAAACGAACUGUGAUGAAGUUCGUCUUGUUUAUCGAAUUUAAUAGACAAACGCGUUGAGUUUCGGGUUGGGUGUUUCUUUUUCAGUAUUUCAGGCGAAUGGAAGUCGACAUUGGUUUCAAACGAGGCAACGCAUUAGAUUUUUCAAAACAAUGGUAGUUUGUCAGGGUUACGAAAUGUCUUACCAUAUUUAAGGGGUUGGCGACACGUUUUUUAAGUUUCUUUUUAUGACUGCUAUUGUUUUACUGAAAAACACGCAUCGUUUCGAAUUUGGGUUACUAGGCGACAUAGUGGCCAUGAUGUAAACAACAUUAACCUAUACUUUCAGUGGAACAUUACCAGCGGCCGAGAAGCGACAUGGAUCCAUCAACCGAAGAAGACAAACUGACCGAGGCUGAAAAUCUCAAAGAUUUUUUCUGCGACCUGAUGGAGAACUCGAAGCAAUACGUCAAAUAUUACUUCUCGGACGACAUCGUUCUCGAUUGGUUCGGUCAGACGGUCAAAGGUCAAAAAAACGUAUCGGCCUUCCUCAAGGUCAACGUAACCCCCGUGAAGCAUUACUUCUCGAGGGCCUUGCCCGCGAACAGUAUAGGUUUCAGGGACACCCACGUCAUCAAAACACCAAAGUACCCCAGACGGAUACUGCGUUCGUUCAUGAGUCCUCCCCGUCCAUGUCCUAACAAGUCACUUCCGAGGACGCCCAAGAAGGAGCCCGGCGCAUCCGGCAGCGUCAAAAAGAACCAGGAGAAACGCGACGUUGAGAAUCACCGCCCCGUAGUGGAUUCUGCCAUGAAAAAAUUAAAAUUCAGCCACAACGUCGACGCUAGUACCGAGGUACUAGAGAUGGAGAAUGACGUGCCGGAAGUGAACGUCAAGUACCUCACAACGGAAGGGUAUGUCGAAUUUCGCAGACCGAGCAUUAAGAAGUUGCAGGCCGAAACGAAGUGGAAGAGACCAGCGAAACUUCACAUAGCGUACUCAUACAAUAAGGACGUGAAAGACAGUACAAUUUACCUUAUUAUUUACGAAGGUAACAUGAAGUGUCGCAGAAACCUGCUGAAAGACUUCGAGUCGGGUGAGCCGGAAGACUGAUGUGGUGUUUGCGAGCGCGACAUUUUUGAAUGUAACUUUAUCGGUUUCAGUUAUUGUUAGAGCGGAAUUGCCUCUUGGCUAUUUGUUUGUUAGAAUUUUCUAGUUUUUUUUAUUUGGUUUUGUCUUUCUUUAACAGUUGAUUCUAACUUUUUUCCUCCUUUCUGUAUUGACUUGUCGGGAAUUGCAACUCUUUAACUGGUGUGCCACUCGAUAAUGGUGUGCUAAAAUUUUCAGUUAUUUUAAUUUUUUUUGUCUAACUUGAGAAAAUUUUUCGUUAUUUCUGCUUUUUUUUAACAGGUAAGACCUUUAUGAAGAUUGGCAAUUUCAAAAUCGAGCUGCAGACCAAGUCAUUCAACUUCUUUGGAAUUUUUUCUGCUUGAGCUAACAGUCUAGUCAAAAAUGAUAAUUUGAUUUGCAAGAAACUUUGAAGUCGGCUGUUUGGAUUUCAUGUCAAUUAAAAAAUUGACGUUUGUUUUUGCUUCCAAUUGUUAUGUACAUAUGUACGUAGCGGCUUUUGAGUUGAAUCUCUACAAUAGCUUAUUCGUUCUGGUGAUGUAGGGCUUAUUAUUAUCCGUGAUUUUUGUAAAACCCUUGUGCAAUGCCUUUCCUUCUCUUUCAUAUUUUUGUUUAUAUGUGUUUAUAAUAUUCGUACCUGGACAGUGCAAACGUAUUUUGUACAUAUUGGGAUAAAUAUGAAGUAGCUAUUUCGUUAUAUUAUUUUAACUUACGUUGCGGUGCAGCCCAAAUGUUUACGAUUUUAUUUUAAAAAAUCGUCCAUUUUUUAAGGAAUCUGCCAGGAUUAUUACCUAUAUUUUUUUCCCGAAUGUUUUUUUAGUUUGACUCGUGCAACCCGAAUUCAGUUGCGGUAAGUCCAAUAAAUAAGAGCACUAUAGAUGUUCACCAUCGUAACAGAUAUAAUAGUAAAGGGCGUGGUUGCGACAAUAAAAUUGAGCAACCUCCCGUUUGUAUUUAUGUAAAGUUAUAUUUUUGUAAAAGUUUGUAUUAGAUGUCGAAAUAAAUGACCGAAAUUUGUCGAUGUUUUAA